UGUUUUAUUCUGUAUCAGCUGUUGAUUUGGACAUUAGCCUCAGGUUCUCCUCAGCAACAUGGGUGCUGGAAAAUCAAGCCUGGAAUUGCGCAUUGUCAAGGCCCAAUUUCUUGAAUUCCAGUUGGACCUUAAAAUGAAGUUAACAGUGUAUAUUGCUACUACUGAAGUUGAGACUUGAGAAUACAAGAAAAAGAAUGAACAAGAAAAACAAAAAGCUUAAAUGUGUAGGUUUUCUCUGUUCUCUGUUAGAUCUGAUGUUUUUAUUUUGCCUGUGUCUGAUGCUCCACACUUUGGUAUUUUAUUUUCAAAGGAAACCUGUUUGACAUUUUUGUUUAGGAGAGAAGCUACAAUAUGGCAAAUAUCUGUCUGGAUUGGUGAUGAUAGUUGAUAGCCCUAUAUACAUCAAUACAUAUCUCUUUUGUACAAUUAGUAGAUACAAAAUCAGAAAAAUUAAACUGAGAAAGUUCAUAAUCAAAUUGUAGGAACAUCGGUAUUGACACACACACAACACUGAAUGUAACCUGAUAGCAGUAUCAUAUUUAACUUCUAUAAAAUAAAUAUACUACCUUUAUUAAAUUCAAGAAAAGUCUAAUUCAUCAUGCUUGUCAAUCAAGGUUACUGUUCAUUUCUGGAAUACCUUUGAUCCAGAUCUAAAAUGGUGAAAAUCUCAUGAAAAGAGUAGUUAUGUUUUACCUGCAUAACUAAUCUCUUUUAGUUCAAACGAUUCGUGUUAGAUGCAUUUAUUAACUGUCCUUUUUUUCAGACCUUGUUAGUCUGGUUCUGUUUUCCGUCUGCUGCUUUUGUUUAUCCUCACUUUGUCACUAAAAUUUGUUUAGCAGCUUUGCUGCAUGUUGUGGGUUAAUGCGCAUUAAUGAGUUUAAUUACAUUUUUAAGGCACUUUAAAGAAGAAUGUAACAUAAUUAUCUAAGCUGAGAAUGAUAAAAGUAGAACAGUGAAAGGAAAAGACUUGAGUGAUAUGGGUUAUCUUUGGCCUAUCUUGUCCUAGUUUUUUUCUUUUUGAUUAUUAUCUUUUCUUUUUUUUGGCUUCAUCUUUUAAGUAUGGUUAAGUUUGCUAUAUUUGGAAUCUACAUUUCUUGAUUAAGAUCCUUUCUCUUACUUCUUAUCAGUACUACAUAAUAAAUGCAGUUUUCUGUU